ACAUGGAUAAAUCUCAGAAGGAAAAGUUAACCCUCGCGUCUCGGAGCUCUAAACAACAAGCAGACUACCGUCCCUUUAAUCAGCUUUGGAUCAACUCCUGUUACCAGCAGACAUUGCUGCCCAAUGCACCUUGGCACAAGCUGGAAGAAGAAAUCUGUCACAAUUUGGCGCAGAAAGUAGAGAAACAGUUUCAUCAGCCUCAGAGGAAAGAGAUGUUGCUGGAAGUCCUGGGGAAACAUUUUGUAGAGAAAUAUUUGUCCCAUGUACAGAGGAACCCAGAAAUGUUGGAACCCAUCCAUAUUUCAGCCAAGGAGAAAAACCGUUUAAAGACUGAUGCUCAAAACUGGCUUAAUAGUCAGAUGUACAAGGCAGUCAAAGAAACAGGUCAUGGUUACCUUUUGACUGGCAUAGGUCCUGGAGAGCCACCUCCUACUGGAUACUAUGCAGAGUUCCUGCAAGAAACGUUUAACAUAUUCACUACAGGACUUGACAGAGAACUUUAUUUACAAGAGAAAAGAUUGCUGAAAGCUAAGGAGAGUGAAGUGGUAACAAGAAAGGCAGACAACUCUGACAUCUACAAAGUUCCUGCACCCAGCAGGCUGAAACAAAUAGGGGCAACUGAUUCAGGAGCAGCAAAAGUUUCUGUACCAACCACAGCACAAAUUAGGACCAAGGUCCAUACGCUUGAAGGGGACCCACCGCCACUAUGGGGUCCACAGAGUGACACAAUCGGAGCAGCAGUGGUGUCCCUUCUUCAGAGGGACCCCAGAAGGUUUGAAGUGGUGGCCAGCCAUCUUCAUGGUCGCCAAUUGCCUGGGACUCUACGGGCCUACAUGUGGGCUGACAUACUUUUCAAAGCAGAAAGGAAAAAGAUGAAAGAAGUUUUUGUUGAGAAGAUAGUGAGAGAGAGGUUUGCAGUUGCUGUGACACGAGGACUGACAGAGCUGCGGAUAAAGAAGCCAACUCAGUCUCCAAUCAAUGGACUUAUUCAGAAUGCUGUAGUGGAGACCUACAGUAAAACUACAAGCAUGGUACCAUACAAACACAUGGAUCACUUAAAAGAAGCCAUCAGGGCAUUGAACGUUCUUUAUGUCUAUGAUAGAAGCUAUGAGCCUUACCUCGUCUACUGGCUGUUUCCACUUCAGCUGGCGUUCAGGAAUAAAGAAGCUAUGUUGGAUGACAAAGGUGAACAUGUUUUGGAGCUAGCCAUGUAUCUGGACAUGCUAAACUGUAACUGUUUUCCGACUUGGCCUCACGUCUUUGCCAUGGCUGAGCAGGUGAUGAUGAGGCUACAAAGUGAUGACCCCCAGCUUUAUGAUCAUUUGAAACGUAUAGCUCCUAUAAAUGCUUUGGUCAAUGCAAAGGAGUUCCUGGUCCAGCUACUUCACCAAGAGAGAGAAAAGGCUGAGGCACUUCUCCAGCUGACCUCCACCAACACACCAAGGGCCCCUAGUUCCUCAACACAGUUCUUGGCAGACCCUACAAUAUUUCUCAGGAGAUGGAUAGGAGAGGGUUUUGUGAGUGUGCUAGACACUCCAGGUGUAAUGUACAUAUGGGAUCAACUCUUUAUGCAGAACUGGUCCCAGUCAGCGAUCAUCAAUGUUUGUCUUAGCCUCAUGGAACUGCUGCGGCAUAAGUUUAUGGAAGCCUAUGAUUAUAUCACAAUGAAAGAGGUUUUUUUAAUGGAGCCCUGCAAGUUGUACACAGUAGACUUUCAGAUGGCCUGGAUACAUGUGGAGAAUGGGAAAGAUUUGAUGGAUAUCAACUCCCAGUUCAACAGGCAGCGACCAAUAUCUGUGAGUUCAGCCUUAAGUGAACCCAUCACAGAUAGAGAGUCACCCGACUCAGGAGUUUUGAAACCUUGUGGCAUCAAAAACAUGAGAACCAGUUUAACGAUUCCCUCCAGUUCAGUCUUGAAGGAAUCAUGGCUAUCUGACCUCCAGCCUCAAGAUUUGCGUCUCAAUGUGGCUGUCUAUUUCGGCAGUGUCAAGCUCCACUCCAGAUUCUCUCACAGCCUCUCUGUGGUCACCUCCAAGAGCAAAGACACCUAUGGCUCCUUGCUCCUGGACCUAGAGUUUCCAGAAGAGCGCUACAUUUAUGACAUGUUGGACCUGUCGCAGUACGAUGUUGAGCGAGAGCUGGGAGCAUAUCCCUAUGUCAUCAUGAAACUGGAGCGGUUGAAUCAUAAAAGUGGAAGAAAAUCAGGACCAGUAACUCUGGGCUGGUGCCGCAUCCCACUGCAUCGUCAGGCCAGCCACCGUGACAAUCAGGGUUACUCAUUGCUGGAUGGUGAUGUCACUGUGGCCCUUCAUCCUGGAGACAUCCCUGACAGUCUGAUCUCAACUCAGCCGCAGACUCCGUCCAGUGAGGACAGGGUUGAAGGGAAUCUCCUUGGGUACAACUGUACCUUCUCUGCUUAUGUCUUUGACCCCAACAACGAGCCAACCAGCCGCAAGGUGAAGCCAUUCAAACCACAACCUGAGUUGCCACCCCCUGUUCCUCCUUUGGACACGAGACCUACAAAACCAGCUGCUGCACCAAAGAAAGAGCCCACACCACCACCACCUGUCCCUGCCCAAGCUGCCCCCAAGCCUACCCCUCGUCAAGAACAGGUGGAGGACCCAUGGGUGCCAACUAAACCCAUUGCAGCCAAGUCGGAUCCCAAACCUACAACCAACAGGGAUCCCUUUGUUCUAUACAUUGACUCAGUCCGAUAUCUUCCUGACAGUGCCACUAUAGUUAAGGUUACUGGACGAAUUCUUAGAGCUGGCAACAUAACAAAUCUCCAAGACAUUCAGGCUGUGCCCAACUUGGAAAGUCCUUCCAGGUCACCCACCUUCAACUUUAGGAUGGUAAUCAACCAGGGAGGUCAGGUAGCAGACCCUGAGCUGCUAGUGUUUUUGAGAGUGGCCACCUACGACCUGGAGACCAAGAAGAUGGUCAUGGUGGGCAGCGCAUUGGUCAGGGUUUUUAAUCCAGGCAAGAAGAAAGGGGAGGGCUUGUUACAUGUUGGAGGGCAUCAGCUGAGACUACAUUCUGGUAUGCCCAACACAAAAGGUUUGAGUCAGAUGAAUUCAACUGACCUUGACACUAACCCAGUGGUUCCUGGAUGUUCCUUGCUUAUCCGACUCCUGCCUUAUAGUGAGGAUCCAGUGCCAGCUCCAAGCUACUCAUCUGGUUAUUACAAAUCAGAGUCUAGCAAGCCAACUGUCUCAGAGAACAGAUUGUUUGCGACUUACGAGACUGAACACAAGAUCAAUCCUAGAAGUGAAAAAGACAUGAUCCUACGCUUACAACAGUUUGAAAAUGUGACAAACUCGGGUGGAUCAGACAUUCAGCUCACUAACUGGCUCUUAGAAAAACUGGACAUUAAAAAGCAAGGAGUUACUGAACUAGCGGGUGACCUAGUUUUGAACAGAUGUAUACGUUACAGAGUAAAGGUUGGACUGAAAGUAGAAAUCAAGUCUGCGUAUGGUUUACCUGAUGGCCAUUACAUCCAAUGUUUUGCCCGCAUCAUCCCAGGACGACAAGCUAAAUACAUGACCCCGUCAGAAGAGGGCUUUGGCAAAGAAGAAAAAUUUAUCACCACCAAACUGGUGCCAACAAGUCACAUCACAGCACCAAUCUGGGAGGAUGGAGCUAAGGAGCUGCAUCCUUUUUACGAUGGCAACACUUGCCUGAUUGUGCAACUCCUGAAGUUCAAAGUGCUGUACAAAGCUCAAGCAGACCACAAGACUGCUGGGACUGUGCACAAAGCCGAUGGCACUCCUCUGGAAAUCACUGACAGGGAGCUGAUUGGUUGGGCUGCAGUGCCCUUGUUUGAUUGCAAUGCAGUCAUGUCUGGCACCCACAUUGCCCCUGUACUGACCAAGACUCUGAAUGACCAACUGUUAGAGGAUCUGUCCAACUUAUCUGUUGUUCCAGCUCUGAGUAAAACUGUUUGGAACAAUAGCACAAAGAUACCAGGGGCAAGUAUUCAAGUCAAUGUGUGGGACUCUCACUUUAAUUUCUCAGAGUUACCUGAGCCUCAGGUUCACAGACCUCUGCUGGAUGUUGUGGGCAGUUCUGAGCAGUAUCUGCAGACAGUGAAGGCGCCAGCUAACAGUCCAACUCUCCAGGAGUAUGUCCUGAACAUGUUGGAGGAGAAAAUCAAAAAACAAGGAGUUCAGGGAGCAACUUUCAAGAAAGAGUUGUCCUUCUUUAAUGAAACAAUGGCCAAAAAAUACUAUGAACUCAUGCUGGACUAUUGCUUACAGAAUGGAUUAGCACCUUUAUAACAAGUAAACAUUUCAUCUUGGUUUAUCUGGGUUUAUUCCUGUUGGCAUUUUAAAAUAUUUUAUUUCAUUUGACAUUUCUUGAAUUUUAUUUCAUUUCACUUGAAUAUAUAUUUGUUUUCUCUCUCUUCUCUUUUUUUUUAAACUACAUUUAUUUUUCUAUAUUUCAAUUUUUGUUUAUUUUCAAGGCAUUUUACUGUGUGACUUGUUAUGUAGGAAAUAUCAUUUAUGUUUUGAUUGUAAUUUGUCAAAUUACUUGAAAGCAGGGUGUUACAUUGAGUACAAGCAUUUGUUAAGAUAGAAUUGGAACCAUUAUCUUAAAAAAAUGCUUCAAAAAUACUUUAUAAUGUUUAACUUAUAAUAUACACAGAAAGUUUAUAAUAAAUUGAACUGUGAAUAGUUUAUUUAUGUAGAAAGAUGAAAGCUGUGGCCAUUUUUUGUGUGUUUACUAUUGAUUAUCUGUGGACUGUUUCCUUGUAGGAUUUGUAUUGAUUAUGUCGCAAGGCUUGUGUCUGGGUUACGGUCUAUACAUAAUAGUUUGGUUUGUAAGAGCUCCCUUUGUUUCUCGCUAAAUGGAUCCCUUCCCUUGAUAGGGUGUUGAAUGGAUAAGCUCAGGACAUUGCUACAUGGUGACAUUGAGUAGCAUCAGGCAUUUUAAAAAACAUUUUAUGCAUAAUUAGAAUGAAUGAGCAUGUACUCCUCAUUUCUUAGUUAAUACUUUUGCCUCUUGGAGGUUGUCAAUAUUUGAAAAUCCAACCUUAUCAACACAGAAUUUACUGUAUUAGUUGGAUGAUGUUUAGGUUUCAAUUAUCCUGAUAUAAGUCAAGUUACUUAGACUUAGAUUCAAUAAUCCAUUGCUGUUCUUUACAUUAGGCAGAAAGCAUUCUCCAUAGAAAACUGCCUCCAACAAUGUCUGUAACCUCUUCCCAACUGGUGUCCACUGCCCGUAGGUCAUCCAUGAAGGUGUGGCACCAGGUGAUUCAAGGAUGCCCCUUUUUACAUUUUCCUCAUAUCAGCCUCAUGUUAUUUCUACCAUUGGGCAUCAUACUGAAAGGUUUGCCAUGUAUCAGGUGUUGACCUUAC